CCUUCAGCCCGGCCGGCGGAGUUGCGCGUCCCGGCGGCGCUGAAGAUGGCGGAGGGUGGCGGAGGCGCGCCCCCCCCCUCCUGCUCUUCCUCCUCUUCCUCCUCCUCCUUGAAGGGGCUGCGGGAGCAGAUGGUUGCUGCAGCCCAAGCUAUAGCAGAUGAAAGAAGAAGCCAAAGUGGUGUCAGCCCUAUUGCAGUCCAGACCUCAAUAAACGUAAGAACAGCGACUAAACCAGUGAUAGAUGGUUCCACUCUAAGAACAGAAGAAAGGCAAAGACUGGCCAGGGAGCGCAGAGAGGAGAGGGAAAAGCAAAACGCUGCCAAAGAGUCACAAAUCCUCGAAAAGGAGAGAAAAGCAAAACUCCAGUAUGAAAAACAGUUAGAAGAAAGGCAGAGAAAGCUAAAAGAGCAAAAGCAAAAAGAUGAACAACGGAGGGCAGCUGUAGAAGAAAAGAGAAAACAAAAAAUAGAAGAGGAAAAGGAGAGACACGAAGCAGCUCUUCAUCGUACCUUGGAACGGAGUCAGCGACUGGAAACACGACAGAAGAGAUGGUCAUGGGGAGGAUCUGUAACUCCAGAUUCAGAGAGCAAAACGGAGCAACAGACCACAGAUGAAGCCAGCAAGCGGUCCACCUCCACAGCAAACCUCAAACCAACAGAAGCUGCCAUGAAUAAACGUUUGUCAUCAUCUGCAGCACUUUUAAAUGCUUCUGAUCGAAGUACCGCAAAGCGAAGCGCCUCAUUAAACAGGCUGAAUAACAAAGUCCCUCUGCACUCUCAGCAGUCAGCAGUCAAAGGUUCACAGGUGGAACAGAAAGGAGGAGCAGAAAAGAAGAGGAGCACAUCUUUGAAUAGAAUGAGUAGUAAACCCCAUUCUUCUGAACUAGAAAAAGUGAAAAAGGAAGAAAAAACAGCUCGUCGUUCCCAGGUCAGUCCUCUGGACAGUAGCGUAAUCAGUCGCCUCCUCGCCCCCACUCAGGCCUCCUUAGCUAGGAGUAAAAGUGCUGCUACAUUGUCGGCUGAUGGACAGGAUCCCUCAGCUUCAGCCAGUUCCAUCAGUUCCCCAGUCCCAACUCCUAAAGUGCCCGUGCGCAGUCGUAGCAUCGACAGAUUGAAGUCCUCUGUAUCUUCAUCUGAUGCAAGUUCACCAGAUCCAACCCAGAAAUCAGAGACUGAGAAACCAUCCCCAGGUUCUGGGUUGCGUCGCCCUUCCUCUCCAUCGGUGUCUGCCCGUAGAAGAUCCCCUUCUCCUGCCAAUUUGGUGAAGCGUCCUCCAUCACCAUCUGCAGUUAGACAGAAGACUCGCCCGCCUUCGCCUGGCAUAGCAAAACAGAGGCCGCCAUCUCCUACUCCGAUCCAUAAACCAGCACCCAUCCAACGCCCACCUCUCACACCAGGUGUUAUCAACAUUACCAAAAAGAAAACUGAAGCAGAGAGCAAACCAAAGGAGAAGAGCACAGAAGCAACAGGACAUGAGCAAGGUGCCCCAUCAGCCUUGGACAGGGAUGCAGGAGUGGCUAGCACAAAAACCAAAGAAGAGUCAGGUAGCAAAGCAGCAGCAGGGACCACCACAGCUGAAGAAGCUGCUAAAAUCUUGGCAGAAAAGCGGCGUUUAGCACGGGAGCAGAGAGAGAGAGAAGACCAGGAGAGAAUUCAGAGACAGGAAGAGGAAAGAGUCAGAGAAGAAGAAAUGGCCAAGAGAGCAGUUGAAGAAAGAGCACGACGGGAAGAGGAGCUCCGCAAGCAGGAGGAAGAAAAGAGACUCGUUUAUGAGGAACAACAAAGACAAGCUGAAGAGGAGAGAAUCCGCCGAGAACAGGAAGAACAGGAAAAGCUUGCAGAGCUUCAGCACCAGAGGGAAGAAGCUGAAGCAAAAGCUCAAGAAGAGGCUGAAAGACAGCGGCUGGAAAGAGAGAGAAUUAUGCAGCAAAAUAUGCAGGAAAGGCUUGAAAGAAAAAAGAGAAUUGAAGAAAUAAUGAAAAGAACACGAAAAUCGGAUCAAAACGAAUCCAAGUUGCAGAAUGAAGGAAAGUCUGCCUGUGAGGUCAUGGAGGGAGAGGAUAUAGAAGAGGAGGAAGAGCUGGGACUUGAGAAGGCUGAUCAACCCGGAAAGCUGAAUGGCAUUGACUUACCCCAGGAAGUCAAAGGGGAGACAGAGGGUUGUGUACAGACUGCACGGAGCUUGAUCUCCACAGAGCCUGAGCAACACACUGUGACAGAGCUGAAGGCCAGUGAAGUAUUUAUGAAUGGCAGUGAUUUGAAAAGUGAUGAGGGGUCUCUACUUUUUACUGAAUUGAAGGAUUCCGGCCAUCCUGCAAAAGAAAUGGUUAUCGAUGACUCAGUGAAGUUGGGUGUUAAUGAAGCUGAUCAUACAAGUGGACUUAUUCAGAAUCUUAAUGGAAAAUCUGAUCUGUGGACUUGCGAGGAAUUCACUGACAUUGGAGUACAUUCCAAGUCAACCAAACUGAGUUCAGACAGCAUCUCUGCUGGUAACUGUAAUCAAAACUUGAAUGAUGCUGCUACAAUACCUUCUAGUCCCAAAUUGACUUAUGAGGAAGAUGGUGCAGUGAAUUCAUUGACCAAACCUAUAGAUUCUUCAUCAGGAGGAGUAAUAAAGCUACACACAUAAUAAUCAGAAUUUUCUGGAAGAAAUCAGGCUGCAUCUGAAGCCCACGUACUUGAGAACCCAGACCGUGAUGCAGCGUAGUGUCAGAGAGGCCUUGGUGUGCUGGUUUUCUUAAGAUUAAACUGCUCAGUUGUUGGAGCAAAACCCCAUGUGAAUGCACUCACAGCAGAAAUCUCUGUCCAUGAGAUAAAGACUGCGUGAACAGAUGAAGUAAAUGACAGUGGGAAGAAACAAGACUUGGUAUCCACAGUUUCUUUCAGUGAUGUGUAGCACUUUUUUUUUUUUUUUUAAUUAAAGUGUAGCACUUUUCUAGACUGAACUGUUUCCUGAGUCUCCUCUGUCACUCUGCGUCUUGUGAGUUGUGGUCUGGUGGACAUAGAGACACGCUGAGACUUCCUUUGGGCCUCUGCUGAGUAGUCUGAGACCAGAGUGAUUUCAUGUGAUUCUGCUGAUUGCGUUUUCUUAUGCUCAAAAUCAUUCAUUUCUUAGUGAAGGAAGUGUUGCCUUUUAAUUCUGAACUUGAAUGUGUUUGGAGAUAAUGUGCUUUAAGAGUUACAUGCACAGCUCUGGAAAUGAAUACUCGUAUGUUUUGUUUUUGAAAGAAAAGCGACUAUGCUGAUGUUGCACUGUAAGAGGUGGUUCUGCGCUUACCUUCCUGGAUGAACAGCACUCUGACAGUGAGGACAGAUUUAUGUAGAAUACACACAGUAUGAUGGUUACACUUUCUUUUCUUUGCUCUUUGGACAGAACUGUGAACACUUGAGACCUGGAAAUAAUCUGAUUGCACUUCAGUAAUCCAGUGCUCUAUCAAGUACCGAAGGCCUUGUUUUGAAAAGCUGCUUGUUUACCUUCAUCCAUCUUCAAGUUUGCAAAAAAUAAGUAACACCAGAAAGGGCUGACAAACUUCUAGAUUUGCACCUUGAAGCAUUUCAGGGAGACUAUUGUGCUGAUGUUCCUUUUCCAUUCGUUUAGUUUAGUUGUUAGAGAGGAUGUCCUUGUGCAAGUAACGCUCGUUUCCCUUUUACAGACUUUACACUAACCUGUUUGAGUCUUUUUGUUUUCCUAUCAGUGUAAUGCACAGCAAUGUGCCCCUGGGGACUUCCCAGUUAGCUACUGGCUGGAUUUUGCAUAUUCCUAAAAUGGCAUUUGAAGACUUCCUCAAUGUGUGUUAAAGCUGAACACCAGUGACAGUGUUCUGGCAGAAUGUCUUAUUUUCUAACAUAAAAGUAUGGGCGGUUUCAAAAUGCAGUGUUGUGUCAUCACUAAUAUGUUUUAAUCUAUUGGAAAACAUCAAAACGUUUUACAGCCUGUGCACUAAUUUACUGCAAUACUGUUGAAUAUCUGGAUACGUUUGUCAUAGUGCAGUUUAACGUGUCAUGCUUUUAAAAGUGUUUUCCUUUUGAAUUAUUUAUCUACACUCGUGUAAGUAUUAUUUUAUUGUGUACAUAACAGUAUUAGACCGUUGAAGUCAUAUUUUGUUCAUGUUAAUUACUCCAAGUAUUCCUGUUCUAGCUUUAUUAUAGUGACUGCAAGCUGCAUAUAUGUUUCCCUUCCCCUAAAGCCUGCAUUAAAUAAUCUAUUUAACCUGAAUCUUGCCUGCUUUUGCAGCAUGAAGAGAUUAACCAAGCAUCUUCCAAAAGCUGCUGCUAGAAGUAAUAAUGCAGUCUUGCUCUUACGUCUCCUGUAACAGAGAUACUGAACAACGAAGCGAUUAAUUUAAGGAAUAGCUGUCUCCAAUCCUGCUAUAAACACUUGGCUGAUACUUCCAUGCGGAUGAAUCAUCCCAAUGGCUGCUGCAUUUUCAGCGGUUGAUGAAAAUGGUUUUGCUGGAACUAAAAGUGUUCUUUCCCCAACGACUGCAAUAGGAAACCCUCAGCCUUCUUCCUGCGUUUGCUGCGCAGCACAUGGUAGUACUUUUUAGACUUUAGAGCAGUGCCUUAGGUGAAAAGAAAGGUGUAUUUUUGUACGAUAAGCUGUUUCAUUCUGGCAGAGACAAUCAUCCCAACAGAAGAUGCGGAUAUUUUUUCUGUGCUGAUAUACUCUUUGUCCAACGGUCUGUUACAGCUCUCUGUAAAUAUGUGCGCUCUGUUAAAUAAACUUUGCAGUUGAACAAC